CUUUAAUGGGCCUCCGGCUAUAAAUCCAACCGACUACCAUCCCUCCGCUUCACACUGCUUCAGAAAGAAACCCAACGGCGAUGGCGCGGGGGCAAUACCGUCUUUCUCUCCUCCUGGCUUCGUUCCUCCUCGUCGCAGUAGCCUCCGAUGCUCUUCUCGGCGGCUGGAGCCCGAUCGAGGACGUGAAGAACCCUCACGUGCAAGAGAUCGGGAAGUUCGCGGUGGAGGCGCACAACAAGUUGACCGCGACGAAGCUGAAGUUCCAGAGCGUGAUAAAGGGCCAGACUCAGGUCGUCGCCGGCACCAACUACCGGCUAACGGUGAUGGCCAAGAACGGCGCCGCAUCGAAGAAGUACGAGGCGGUUGUUUGGGAGAAGCUGGAUGGCACUAAGCAGCUCACUUCCUUUCAACCCGUCUGAAGGCUUCCAAAGAAUGUGGUUUGUAAUUUGCGGAAAUGCUGAUGGAAAAUUUUGGAUUUUGGUGUUUUGGAUUAUCAAAUAAUAUUUUGGCACAGCAAAUGGUUUUUCCCCUUCUUUUGUGGAUUGAAGCAGCUUAAAAUUAUAAGCUUUAAGGACUGUAAAUCAAUAAAAAGCUGAAAUUAUUUCUUAGA